CUUAGUUUAUGGAGAAUCAUAAACAUCUCCAGCCUUUUUCAGGUAUAGAAAAAUUACAGAUAGAAGAUGAUAACCAUAUGUUAAAAUUUAGAAAUGUAGCAAGAGCUGAGGUAUAUACAUAUGUUGGUUUAAUAAAGGAUUGGCUGAAACUGAUACACAGGUAAAUUAAAUCUAGGAAAGAAGAGGCGUAUUUAUUGCAACUACAAUUUCACUACAUAACAUACAGGUUGGAUCAUAAGAUAUAUGACCUCCAAUCAUUACGAUAAGAAAAACUUAGCAUAAUAUUUGAUGAAUACAAAGCAUUCUAGGCUGAAUUAAGCAUUGCGUGCAUGAUAGAAAUGAUAAAUAGAAGCCUAUAAUGUAGUUAAAUUAGUGAAUGUUGGACAAUAUUGUGAAUAUCUAUAA